UCGCGCGUCAUUCGGUGGCGCCGGAAGUCGGACUGCGCCGCGUCCGGGAUGCUCGCCUGACUGCUGCUGGCUCUGCGCUGAGGGACCCCCGCCACCAUGGUCUCCGACGAAGAUGAGUUGAAUCUUCUAGUCAUCAUUGUUGAUACCAACCCAAUUUGGUGGGGAAAGCAAGCAUUGAAAGAAUCUCAGUUUACUUUAUCCAAAUGCAUAGAUGCAGUGAUGGUGCUGGGAAAUUCUCACUUAUUCAUGGAUCAUUCCAACAAACUUGCUGUGAUAGCAAGUCAUAUUCAAGAAAGUCGAUUCUUAUAUCCUGGGAAGAAUGGCAGACUUGGGGACCUCUUCGGGGACCCCAGCAACCCUCCAUCUGAAUUUAAUCCCUCGGGGAGUAAAGACGGAAAAUAUGAGUUGCUCACAGCAGCCAAUGAAGUUAUCGUUGAAGAGAUUAAAGAUCUAAUGACCAAUGGUGACAUUAAGGGUCAACAUACAGAAACUCUGCUGGCAGGGUCCCUCGCCAAAGCUCUUUGCUACAUUCACAGGAUGAACAAGGAGGUUAAAGAUAAUCAAGAAAUGAAGUCAAGGAUAUUGGUGAUCAAGGCCGCGGAGGACAGCGCGUUGCAGUAUAUGAACUUCAUGAACGUCAUCUUCGCAGCUCAGAAACAGAACAUUCUGAUCGAUGCCUGCGUCUUAGGCUCUGAUUCGGGACUCCUUCAGCAGGCUUGUGACAUCACAGGGGGACUGUACUUGAAGGUGCCUCAGAUGCCCUCCCUUCUGCAGUAUUUACUGUGGGUUUUUCUUCCUGAUCAGGAUCAGAGGUCUCAGUUAAUCCUCCCACCCCCGAUACAUGUUGACUACCGGGCUGCUUGCUUCUGUCACCGAAAUCUUAUUGAAAUCGGCUAUGUCUGUUCUGUGUGCUUGUCAAUAUUCUGCAAUUUCAGCCCUAUUUGUACCACAUGCGAGACCGCCUUUAAGAUUUCUCUGCCUCCCAUACUGAAGGCCAAGAAAAAGAAACUGAAAGUGUCUGCAUGACGAUAAAAUUUUUCCUCCAAUUUUUAGAGCUAUUUAGUCUUUGUUAGGGAGCCUCUGAAAAAAAUACAGAUAUGUGUAAGAUGAUUUUUUAGUGAAUUUUCUUACAGGAUAUAUUUUUAAAAGUCAUCAUCAUCCUACAUGCGUGGGGGACUGGUUUAUAUGAGGGAGUCAUUCUAUACAGUGUAUAAACGCUAAAAUGUUUUCUGACUGAUUUUUGUCCUUCUAGAAAAGAGAAAGAAAGCACAGAUUUGUGAUACUUUUUUUUUUUAAUGGGAUGAUCGUUUGUCAAAGUCAGUGUGUCCCGACAGGCUCAGUAACCGAUUAUCCAAGUCUAGGUUCUUACUGUGACAUGUAGGAUGUGACAUUUGAGUGCAAAAAGUAACGAUUUACAGAGUAAUGGCCUUAAGGUAGAACAUCUUACUUGAAUCAACCGUUAACUUUGGCAAAGGUCACACAAAUAAAAGCUUUAUUGCCUAAAUUGAGAUUAGGUUCAGAUACUAGCCAUUCUUUGUUUUUUCGUAUGUGUACAUAGUUGGACAAAAAUAUGCAAAUAGUGAUACCAGUUCGUCAUUGAAUCACUACAAAAUCUGAUUUGAAAUGAGUAAGGAGAACGAGUGCAGUAGUCUAACAACUUUUUCUUCAAAAACUGUGUGAAGAGCUUAUUUGUGAGAUGUGAUGUCUGGGUUCUGAGGGGGAACUUCUCAGGGGAAAUGGGUUCUUUAUGGUUAAGUGUUGCCUGCAGAUGGAAUUCUUUCCUUUUUAACUGAGGGGAAAAAAAAAAGCAUUAAUGUUGGAGAACUAUGCUCCAGAAGCUUUGGACUUAAUACUGAAAACUUCUAUAAGUUCAAAAGAAAAAGUAUUUGUAAUUUCGACAAUAAAAAACUUAUAUUUCUAUGUA